AUGGUUCUGUGCGGCGCCCAUUGGCUGCGCCGCGGAUCCGCCCGCUCCCAUUGGCCGCGCCGCGGAGCCGCCGCGCCGGGUCAGCUCGGGCCGUUCCGGGCCGGGUCGGGCGGCGGCUCCAGCUCGGCGGCCGGGCCGGGCCCUGGCGGCAGCGGCGGCGGCAGCAGCAGCAGCGGCGGCGACGGGGACUUCCUGUCGCGGUACCGGCUGGUGUCGGCCAAGCUGCGGCGGCGCUUCCUGCGCAAGCCCAACGUGGCGGAGGCGGCGGAGCAGUUCGCGGCGCUGGCGCGGGAGCUGCGCGCCCAGGAGAGCCUGCCCUACGCGGCCUGGUGCCAGCUGGCCGUGGCGCGCUGCGCGCAGAGCCUCUUCCACGGGCCGGCCGAGGCGGCGGCGCUGGCCGAGGCGGCGCGGCUCUUCGUGCGGCAGGAGCGCGACGCGUGGCAGCGGCUGGCGCUGCGCGGCGGCUUCGGCGAGCACGCGGCGGCGGCGCAGAGCUGCGGCGCCUUCGCCGCGCGCCUGCACCUGGAGCGCAGAGCCUCCAUGGAGCCUUCGAGAAGCCUCCAGCUGUGUCCUCUGCCCUCGCUCGGCCUCAGCCCUUGCCGUUGCGGCGUGAACCCGUCACAGUUGUGGUGCAUCCUGGAGCAAGCGGCAGCUCUGGGAAGCUGGGCUGAUUUCUGGGAUAUCCCGCGUAUCUUCGAGGGCAGCUUCCCGCGCUUCCUGCAUUAA